CUGGCAGCGGGCAAGGCCCUGUUCCGCGGGCACCCCAUCGCGGCCGUGGCAGCCGACUCAGCGCACGUCGCGGAAGAAGCGGCCGGGCUGAUUAAGGUGGACUACGAAGUCCUACGGGCCAGCACCACCGUGCUGGACGCCAUGAAAGACGACGCGGAAUUGCUCCACGAGGACAUGACCACGACGGAGUUCGGCGAAGACACCGACAAGCACAGCAACAUCUCCAACAGGUUCGUGUACGAACAGGGCGACGUGGAAACGGCGUUCGCGGAGGCUGACUUCGUGAUCGAACGCGAAUUCAACACGCGCACCGUGCACCAGGGCUACAUCGAGCCCCAGAAUGCCUCCGCUUUCUGGAAUGCGGACGGCUACCUGACGGUUUGGACGAGCACGCAGGGCGCAUUCGUGGCCCGCGACAACCUUGCCAGCGUACUGGAACUACCGGUUUCGCGCGUCAAGGUCGUGCCCAUGGAAAUCGGCGGCGGGUUCGGCGGGAAGAUUCCGCUGUACCUGGAGCCGUUAGCCGCGCUGCUUUCGAAGAAGACCGGCCGUCCGCUAAGUUCCGGGUACAUCACAGCGUCUUUGAGCCGGCGGCGGUUGCCAAUCGCCGCCGGCAUUUCUAAUCGAAAAGCAGACAAGGAGGCCACUAUCAUGGCUCGCGUACCCUUCGCCACCAGGGAAAAUAUGGACGCCGCCGGACAGGCGGUGUGGGAUGAUAUCGAAACCUCGCGCGGCGGCGUGCAGCGCAACUACGCCGCGAUCCUGAACAACCCGCAGGCGGCGAGCAACUUCGCUCACCUCGGCGGCUACGUCCGCUUCCAGACGCCGCUGCCUCCCCGGGUCAAGGCCGUUGCCAUCCUGACGGCGGCGCGGGAAGCCUGCGGGCACUACGUCUGGACGGUGAACCAGCCGGCGGCGCGGAACGCCGGGCUGAGCGAAGCCGAGAUCUCAGCCAUCCACGAGUACCGGUCACCCAACGGCUUAUCCGGCGACGAUGCCGCCGUUUCCGGCUUCGUGAUCGAACUGCUGCGCCAGCAUCGCGUCUCGGACGCGUCGUUUGAAGCGGUGCAGGGGAUCAUCGGCGACGCGGGAAUUGUCGACCUGCUGGUGGUGGUGUCCUAUUACCACGGGCUGGCCCACGCCCUGCAGGCCCUGCAGGUGGAGCUGCCGGACGAGACGGCGGACGCGCUGACGUACUGA